AUGACAGAGAGUUAUUUGAAAGAUAAAGAUUUCAUUAAGAUUCAAAGAUUGAAUUCUCCAAGAAAUGCAGAAAAGAGAAAAUCUUUAAUUCAAACUGAUAUUGAUAUUGAUAAAUUAACUUCACAAUUAGCUAACCACUCAACAUCUAAUGUUCAAUCUUCUUCUUCGUCAAGAUCACAAUCUAAUACAAGUACUACUACUACUUCCAAAAGAAAUGGUUUAAAUACCACUGAUGGUAAUGAAACCACUUCAGAUGAAAAAUUGGAUGAAAAACUAUUAGUAAAUCAUGCACAAUUUGUUAAAUCUCGUUAUAAAGUUAGAUAUAGAAAUGAUAGAGUCAUUUCAUAUUUUGAUGAUGUAGAUUUUGAAUAUAGACCUAGUAUUUUAGAUGGAUCUAUUAAUGAACCUUUUAGAAUGAGCUUUGAAGGUCCUACUUUAGAAAAAGUCAUUAAAAUUAAAGAAAAAGCUAAACGUUCUCAAUUAAGACGUGAAAGAUUUCCCCAAGUCGCUUCAAAGGAUGAUUUAGAUACAAAUAGUAAUAACAAUAGUAGUAGUGAUGAAGUAAUUGAAAUAGAUGGUGCUAUUAACGAUAAAGGCUACAUGCAUGAACAAUUGGUCUCUAAUUUUUCGGGGUUAUAUGUUGCUCUAUGGAUGACUAUUGGUUUAGGGGUCUUAAGAGUUUUGGUUGAUAAUUUCAUUGAUGAUAAUAGUAGUUUAAUGAAUGGUGAAAUCGUGAAAUUUUUACGUAAGGAUCUCUUUAAGGUUGGAUUUGUCGAUCUAUGCAUGUAUUUAUGCAUGUAUAUACCAUUCUUCAUUCAUUGGUUAGCUAAGAAAAAUAUUUUAAGAUGGAAUAGUAUUGGUUGGAAAAUUGUAUCUGUCUAUGAAUUUUCUUUCCUUAUUGGAUUCAUUUAUUUACCUGAACAUGUAUUAAACUUCCAUUGGAUUGCCAAAAUUUUCCUAUUCUUACAUUCUUUAGUCAUCUUAAUGAAAAUGCAUUCUUUUGCAUUUUAUAAUGGUUAUUUAUGGUCAAUUAAAGAAGAAUUGGAUUAUUCAAGAAAUGCUUUAACUAAGAUAGAAAAGGAACCUCCAAUUGAAAUCGAUGACGUUAAGAGUAAGGAAGUUAACGAAAUUUUUCAAAAGAGUUACGAUUUUUGUACAUUUGAAUUAAAUUCUCAAACUCCAGAUGAAUCACAGAAAUUUCCAAAAAAUAUUAAUCUUUGGAAUUUCUUCGAAUUUACAAUGUUCCCAACAAUCGUAUAUCAAAUAGAAUAUCCAAGAACUACAACAAUUAGAUGGUCGUAUGUCUUAGAAAAAAUUUGUGCUAUAUUUGGUACCAUCUUUAUUAUGGUCUUGAAUGCUCAAUUAUUCAUGUAUCCAAUUGCAGAACGUGCAUUGUUAAUUAGAGAUUCUGAAUGGACAGGAAUCAUUGACAGAUUGAGCCAUUGGGUAAGAUUAUUGAUCGAUAUGAUCCCAAGUUUCAUCGUCAUGUAUCUAUUGGUGUUCUAUUUGAUUUGGGAUUCUAUUUUGAAUUGUAUAGCAGAAUUAUCGAGAUUUGGGGAUCGUUAUUUCUACGGUGAUUGGUGGAAUUGUGUCACUUGGGAUGAAUUUUCUAGAAUUUGGAAUAUUCCAGUUCAUAAAUUCUUAUUGAGACACGUUUAUCAUAGUUCAAUCAGUGCGUUUAAUUUCAAUAAAGCACAAGCUACAUUGUUUACAUUUUUCUUAAGUUCUGUGAUUCAUGAAUUAUCAAUGUAUGUCAUCUUUAAGAGAUUAAGAUUAUAUAUAUUCUUUUUCCAAAUGUUACAAUUGCCAUUAGUUGCAAUCGGAAACACACCUCAAAUGAGAAAAAAAACUAUUUUGGGUAAUGUCAUAUUUUGGAUUGGUAUAUGUACGGGUCCAAGUGUCCUAUGUACAUUAUAUCUGACAAUAUAG